UUUGCCUUUAGUGUUGCCCUGUUUUUUGCUUUUUCAAGGGGGGCCAUAUAGUUUGAUGGAAACAUUUUAGAGGUUUCGAAACUGUAACAUUAUUUGAGCUGUUAAUUGUAAUUUUUCGCUUUGUUAGUAAAAAUUCGAGUGGGUUUCACGAUGAUGAAAGGUGGUCUUGGCGGCGGUUCAAAGAAAGAAGGCAAAAUGCGAAUCCGUGCAUUCCCUAUGACAAUGGACGAGAGGUAUGUGGAAAACAUCUGGAGUUUAUUGAAGAGUGCCAUUCAAGAAAUCCAGAAGAAGAAUAACUCUGGUCUCAGUUUUGAAGAACUUUACCGAAAUGCUUAUACCAUGGUUCUCCAUAAACAUGGAGAAAGACUGUACAAUGGCCUUAGAGAAGUUGUCACUCAUCAUUUAGAAUCUAAAGUACGUCAAGAUGUUCUUGCUUCCUUGAACAACAAUUUUCUUCAGACUUUAAAUCAAGCAUGGAAUGAUCAUCAAACAUCAAUGGUUAUGAUACGUGACAUCCUUAUGUACAUGGACAGAGUAUAUGUUCAGCAAAACAAUGUUGAUAAUGUCUACAAUCUUGGGUUGAUAAUUUUUCGUGAUCAAGUAGUUCGUUAUGGAGGAAUCCGGGACCACCUACGACACAUUCUUUUAGAGAUGGUUGUCAGAGAGCGUAAAGGAGAAGUUGCAGAUAAGCUGUCCGUCAGAGCAGCUUGUCAGAUGCUCAUGGUGCUCGGAAUCGACAGUCGUGCUGUCUAUGAAGAAGAUUUUGAAAGGCCGUUUCUUUCUCAGUCUGCAGAAUUCUACAGGUCCGAGAGUCAGCGGUUUCUAGGAGAAAAUUCAGCUUCUGUCUAUAUUAAAAAAGUUGAGGCUCGUAUUAAUGAAGAAUCGGAAAGAGCUAAACAUUACUUGGACGAGUCGACUGAGCAGCGCAUCGUUGCAGUUGUGGAAGAAGAACUCAUACAGAAACACAUGAAAACCAUCGUAGAAAUGGAAAAUUCUGGUGUGGUCCACAUGUUGAAAUGCCAAAAAACGGAUGAUCUGCACUGCAUGUAUAAGUUGUUAGGUCGCGUAUCCGAUGGUUUACGAACCAUGGCAAGCUGCGUCAGCGCGCAUUUACGAGAGGAAGGUAAAGCCUUGGUCAACGUUGACGAAUCGGGUGCAAACGCUUUGAACUUUGUACAGAGCCUGCUGGACCUUAAAGAUCGUUAUGAUACCUUCCUGGUCAAAUCAUUUGUGAAUGAUCCCAUUUUUAAGAAAAUGAUCUCCUCAGACUUCGAAUACUUUCUUAAUUUGAAUUUGAAAUCUCCUGAAUAUUUAUCACUCUUCAUCGAUGAUAAACUCAAAAAGGGCGUUAAAGGAAUGACAGAGCAGGACAUAGAAUUGGUGCUGGACAAAACCAUGGUUUUGUUCCGUUUUCUUCAGGAGAAAGAUAUUUUUGAACGUUACUACAAACAGCAUCUGGCUAAACGACUCCUCCUAAAUAAAUCUGUUAGUGAUGAUAGCGAGAAGAACAUGAUAUCCAAAUUAAAGACUGAAUGCGGGUGUCAAUUUACCUCGAAAUUAGAGGGUAUGUUCAAAGACAUGUCUAUCUCCAACAUGCUCAUGGAAGACUUCAAAAAUCACAUUCAAACAUCAGGAACAUCUCUGUGCGGAGUGGAUUUGAGCGUACGUGUACUUACCACUGGGUUUUGGCCAACACAAUCUCCCGCAACUUGUACGCUGCCUUUGGCACCACGAAACGCUUUCGAAGUCUUUCGCCGCUUUUAUUUAGCUAAGCACAGUGGCCGACAGUUGACGUUGCAACCUGGACUCGGAUCCGCCGAUCUAAGUGCUGUCUUUUACGGACCUAGACGAGAGGAGUCUGAAUUGAAGGAGAAAUCAGAUGGUCCCAGCUCGUCAACUUCCUCGACCUCAGCUAAUGGACCACGAAAGCACAUAAUUUCAGUCUCAACCUAUCAGAUGUGUAUUCUUAUGCUGUUUAACACAAGGGAUAGGUUGACUUACGAUGAUAUAAUGAAUGAAACUGAUAUACCGAAGAAAGAUCUGGAUCGAGCACUGCAGUCGUUAGCAAUGGGCAAACCAACUCAGCGUGUUCUUGUUAAAAGCCCCAAGGGUAAAGACAUUCUUCCUAGUUCGAUCUUUGCCGUCAACGACAGUUUCACGUCAAAACUCCACAGGGUGAAAAUACAGACAGUUGCAGCUAAGGGUGAAUCCGAACCCGAAAGGAAAGAGACGCGCUCGAAGGUCGAUGAGGACAGAAAACACGAAAUUGAGGCAGCGAUUGUACGCAUUAUGAAAGCACGGAAAACUAUGCAGCACAACGUGUUAGUAAGUGAAGUUACUGAACAAUUGAAAAGCCGAUUCCUGCCUUCGCCAGUGAUAAUCAAAAAACGAAUUGAAGGUUUAAUUGAGCGUGAAUACUUGGCACGUACACCAGAAGACAGGAAAGUUUAUACAUAUGUGGCCUAGUUCAACUUAGUUUGCUUCCUUACAAUUAAACUGGUUUUCCCAAUUGCCUAACUGAAGUUAUGGUUAUUGGUAUGUUGCACGAUGAUUUCUGUAAAUAAAGUUUUUCGCUAUUGGAAAAA